GGCUAGCCAACAUCAUAAAACCAAAUGUCUAUGCAGCUGUCAUAACAAAGUAACCUAAAAAAUGUAUUUAGCGAAAAAUUCAAACAUUUUUUACAAUAAAUACAAAAGAAUCGUAUCAAAAUGGACAUGUGCGACUUGCAUACGUGUGAAAAGUACAACUGCGCCAAAAACCAAGACAUAUUCUCAUACCAUUCUUUCUCCAAAGACCAAAUUCCCAGCUCGAUCAAGUAACGCAAUAAAAGAGGAAAUACAAAAGGCUGCACAAUUUGCUGAGCUGUAUAACUGGCAAAGGAAAAACUUAAAAGGGCCAGAGUUUGUACUACAUGAUGGCCCACCUUAUGCCAAUGGAGAUUUACACAUGGGACAUGCUGUUAACAAGAUAAUUAAAGACAUAAACAACAGAAGCCAAGUAUUACAAGGGAACCGAGUCCACUACGUCCCCGGCUGGGACUGUCACGGUCUACCCAUAGAGCUAAAAGCUCUACAAAAGGCCAAAAAAACAGCAAAAACCAACCAAAUAUCAGACCCGGUACAUAUAAGAGAGAUUGCCAGAACAUUUGCAUUAGAAACGGUCGAAAGACAAAAGGAAGCUUUCAAGAAAUGGGGCGUAAUGGCAGAUUGGGACAAACAAUGCUAUUUAACGUUAAAAAAGGAAUAUGUACAGAAUCAGUUGAAACAGUUCUAUAAGAUGUAUAAGUCUGGAUUGAUAUUUCGGGCUUUGAAACCAGUUUAUUGGUCACCUUCUUCAAAAACAGCACUAGCUGAAGCUGAGUUGGAGUAUGAUCCACAAUACAAAAGCAAAGAAGUGUAUGUCACAUUCCCUCUGCAGAAUAUACCAACUGUAAUAAAGGAUGCAGUCAAAGGGCAAAAUAUCUCAGCAGUAAUCUGGACGACCACGCCUUGGACGUUAGUAGCCAACCGCGCGAUAUGCUACAACCCUCAGAUGCGGUACAGCAUCGUCUCCUCAGGGCGUGGUCUGAUGGUGGUAGCUACAGGACUGGUGAAGGCUUUGGGAGAACUGCUGCAGGAAGAGUUGAAGAUUGUGGCUGAGUUUGAUGGCACCAGUUUCAAAGGUACGACCUACUACAAUAAGUUAGUGAAUGAAAUGCUUCCCUUCCUGGAAGGGGAUCACGUGACGGAAGUGAAAGGCACGGGUUUAGUACACACUGCGCCCGCGCACGGCCCCGAAGACUUUCUUGUAGCGCUGAAGAAUAAUAUGACUGUGCAAUGUAAAGUCGACGAAUCAGGCCGCUACACCAACUUAGACCCUGACCUGAACGGCCAGUAUGUCCUCACUGAAGGUCAGGAUACCAUUAUCUCUCGUCUAGCCGAUGAUGUGAUACAUUCAGGAGUGUAUGUCCACUCUUACCCUUUGGAUUGGAGAACUAAGAAGCCGGUUAUUAUAAGAGCAAGCCAGCAGUGGUUUAUUGAUACGGCGGCGCUGAAAGAAAAGGCGCUGGCAGCUCUAGAACAAGUGGAGAUCCUCCCCCCGUCCAGCAGCUCUCAGUCCCGCGUGGGGUUCCGCGCUCAGCUUGAUAAGCGUCCGUACUGGUGCAUCUCGCGACAACGCGCCUGGGGAGUGCCGAUACCCGCGCUUUAUAAGGGGGAUCAAGUUUUGGUGGAUGAACGUAUCAUAGACAAGCUAUGCUCUCUAAUAGAGUCGCGCGGUGCCGACGUGUGGUGGACUUGUGACGUCACUGAACUGUUGCCUGAUGACGUCAUCAAGGAACAGAAACUAGAUAGCAAGGAAAUUACUAAAGGAAAUGAUAUAAUGGACAUCUGGCUAGACUCCGGUCUAUCGUGGAGCACGUUAGACGGUCGGACGGCACAACUGUACUCUGAAGGCGUUGAUCAGCUCACGGGAUGGUUCCAGGCUUCUUUACUAACUUCUGUCGCUUUGACUGGGAAAGCACCUUAUAAGUCUAUAUUCGUCCACGGCUUCGUAGUAGACGACAAGAAGCGAAAGAUGUCCAAGUCUAUAGGCAACGUGAUAGAUCCGCUCACUAUCAUACAUGGGGCUAAGGAUAAGAAUAACCAGCCGGCUUAUGGUGUUGAUACUCUUAGAUGGUGGGUAGCAAGCCAUUCAACUCAGCAUUCCCAAAUAAUAAUCAGUAAAAAACUCUUAGACGACUGUCAAAGCGAACUCAUACGUAUAAGAAACAUUAUGAAAUACCUACUAGGAGUCAUAACUGACCUACAAAAAACCGAUUUCACAAGAAACCCAACCUUAAAUUAUUUCGACAGCUACAUGGUCAAGGAAACCGAAGAUUUUGUUAAUCAAAUAAACGAUAGUUAUAAUAAUUUUAGGUACAAUCAUGUAGCUCAAAGUAUACUGCAUUUUAUAAGUAAUAAAAUAUCCGGUUUGUACUGCCAUUGUAUAAAAGAUAGAUUGUACUGCUCUCUAAAAGAUUCUGAAGAAAGAUUGUCAGCCCAGUUGGUAGUUCACACAAUUCUAGUCUCUCUAAGCAAAGCUUUAGGACCCAUUUUACCCCAUUUGAUAGAAGAAGUAUGGCAACACCACCCGUUGUACUCAAAACCGUUCUUUUUCACCGAAAAGUUACCGGUUUUGAAAUCUAUCGAUGUUGAUACGUCGCUAAUGGACGCCAUUUUGGAUUUGAAGAGAGAAAUAUGUGUGUUAGCUAAAAAUGAAAAUUUGAAAAAGUUCGAAGCUAAUAUUAUAUUAAAUUCUGAUUUGUAUGAUAAGUUAAAUGUUUUAAAUAAGUCAGACGGAAUAAAUGACAGUGUUCUAUGUGAGAUUUUGGAGCUGUCAUCUGUCACUUUGACAGGUAAAAAUGGCGGGAAAGAUGCUCAUAUUGAAUUGGCACAGAGUAAAAAUGGCCAGUGUUUGCGGUGUAGAAAAUAUAAUGUUAUUGAUGAUAGUGAUAAAUGUACUAGAUGUGAUAAAGUGUUAGAAGGUUUAUAAAUAUUAUUAUUUUGCUUAGCUGUAGAAUAUUUGUUAAGUUAAAAAAGUACAGUAGGUAAUGAUGUUAUU